GGAGGGAAGGAGCUCAAAAAAGAAAAAAAGAAAGAAAAGAAAUAUUAUGAAGCAAUUAUCAGGGCACGAUUGUUUUCUCUAUAUCAACGAAGAUCUUAUCGAUGUCCUCGUCUCGUUGUUGCAAUGACGAAACAAAAAGAAAAUAAUCGUCGAAUUGUUUGUUUUCGAUGAUGCGCUUGCAAUUUUUUUCUUUUCUUUUCUUUUCUUUUAUUUCCUUUUUUCUUCUUUCUUUUCCUAAAACUUAUUAGUCAGAAAUAAGAAAUAAGAGGAGAAAAAAAUUUAACGUCACGCGAUUCGAUAACUGCAUGAUAAACAUAACUGUUUAUUUCGAAAUCGCUUACCAGUCUUAAACGGUAUACGUAUGUAAUAUGAUAGUUGUGCGAAGGUCAAUGAUCCAUGUGUUUUUUCACUCUUUUUACUAUUUUUUAUUUUAUUUUAUUUCUUCUUCUUUUUCUUUUUUUCUUUUUUUUUUCUUUUUUGGUGACGAUACAAAUCAAUAAAAAAAAAUUCGCAACAUUUUAAUUUGGUAUUACUCAUAACGAUAUCGUUUCAUUAUUACAAUUCAUUACAAAAGAUUGUAUUAGACAAAAAUCACAUAGGAAAGGAAAAAAAAAGGAAGAAAGAAAGGAAGAAUCAUCGUUAUAUUAAUAGAAACUCAUUGUUUAUAAAAAAGAAUGUAACCAUCUCAAGGCUUGAUAAGAUCUAAAAGAAGAGGAUUAAAAAUACGUGGAAUUGCAUUCCUUGAAGUCAGAAUUAUCAGUGAUUACGAUUCGCUUACAGCGUCAAACUAAUAACGAGCGAACUUCGUAUCUCCGUAUGGGUUUGAAAUUUUAUGCUAAACACGAUAACAGUCACUUGGUUGUAAAGAAAGAUCAAAUAUAAUAUACGUUAUACAAUACAGACGAAUUAUCGAAUUUGAAAGAUAAAAUAUAACAGGUUCAAUAUAGUAAUCGAGGAAUAAGAACAGUUCGAUUAUUUUUUUAAUACGAUUGACGGCAUUUCAUUUAGAUUCAUUUAAAUAUUAAUAAAGUCAAGGACAAUGUAGAUGGUUUUUAAUAAUUUUCCUAUUUGUAAGAUAAUUCCUUUAUACGUCGUACGGAAGCGUAAUACGUUCGCCCACGUGUUUUAAUAAAAAAAAAAAAAAAAAAAAAAAGAAAAAAAGGAAAAAAAAAGAAAAUAGGAGGAAAAAAAACAGAGAAAAAAAAUAAUUGAGUGAAUAAUCAAGUGUACGGCGAAUAAUCGUGUUGAAUCGUUAAAAUCGACACAGGAGUAAGAAAGAUACCAACAGAGAGAGAGAAAGAGAGAGAGAGAGGGGGAGGGGAAAGAGAGAAAGAGAUAGGAAGGCCAUGCGAGAUCCAUCGAAGGUAAAUCGAAUUCCACCUCCGUGGAAUAAAUCGACGUUCACGUUACUCCAGCGUACGACGAAAGAAGAAUGUUAAAACAUACAUAGUUCGAGAGACUGCGAGACAGCGAAAAUGAUGUGGAUCUUAGCAGUCGUUGCCCUAGCGUACUUUUCGUCGCUCGCGAAAGCGAUACCAAAUUAUUUCGGACUACCUCCUGGUCCAUAUUGUGCUGGAAGAUAUCCAGCAAGGAGAUGUUGUGAAGGACGACAGGAUGACUGUAGUGCACCGAUAUUAUCGACGACAUGUUAUUGCGAUGACUUUUGUGAUCGAGACAGAGAAGAAGAUUGUUGUCCGGAUUAUUAUUUACAUUGCAAAGGCAUGCCCACGGAACCUCCACUGGAAGAGGUCAGACUUUGUUCCUACGAUGGAAGAUAUUACAAUCACAGUCAGAUUUUCAAAGUAAAUUGCAAUCAAUGUAAAUGUUCGACGUUAGGUAGACGCGCAGAAAUUCUUUGCGAGAAGAAUCGAUGCCUGAUCGAACCAGAUUUUCUAGAGGAACUUUAUAUGGAAAAUAAUGCGUUAGGUUGGCAGCCUGGAAAUUAUUCGAAAUUUUGGGGAAGGUCUUUACAAGAUGGAAUACAAUAUCGAUUGGGUACACUAAAUCCGUCGCAAUCGAUUUAUAAAAUGAAUCCAGUGAAACGGGUUUACGAUCCCGAAGCAUUACCACGUAGUUUCAAUGCUAAAUCACGCUGGUCUCGUGACAUAUCUGAAAUUCACGAUCAAGGAUGGUGCGGAGCUUCCUGGGCUAUAUCAACGGCCGAUGUUGCAUCCGAUAGAUUUGCCAUCAUGAGCAAAGGUCUCGAAGCCGUAGAAUUAAGUGCACAGCAUCUUCUUUCGUGUAAUAAUCGAGGUCAGCGAGGUUGUAGCGGUGGUUACUUGGACCGUGCCUGGUUCUUCAUGAGAAGAUUCGGUUUAGUCGACAAGGAUUGUUAUCCUUGGACAGGUCAACAAGAUCAAUGUAGAUUACGAAAGAGAACAAAUCUGAAAACAGCCGGAUGUCGAAAUCCACCCAAUCCGCUUAGAAAGGAAUUAUAUAAAGUCGGGCCUGCUUAUCGUCUUGGUAAUGAAACGGACAUAAUGCAGGAAAUCUUAACUUCCGGUCCUGUUCAAGCAACGAUGAAAGUCUAUCAGGAUUUCUUCAUUUAUCAAUCGGGUAUUUAUCGACAUUCUCGAACCGCGGAGAUGUAUGAGUCUGGAUAUCAUUCGGUGAGAAUCAUUGGUUGGGGUGAGGAUUAUCAUCGUGGAGCUUUGGUCAAAUAUUGGAUCGUAGCAAAUUCUUGGGGCUAUGACUGGGGUGAAAAAGGUCUCUUUAGAAUUCAAAGGGGUACGAACGAAUGUGAGAUCGAAUCUUAUGUACUAGGAGUUUGGGCUGAAACGUUAUAAUAUUAAUAGAGUAUAUAUACAUAUUUAUAUACGAAGAACAUUGUGACAUUUUUCACGAUCACUAAAUAAUAUCGGUGCAUUUAUCGAUUCUCCUGUCCUCAUUGUUUCGUCGAAUUUUAUAUUAAUAGAUAAUUAUUAAAUCGCGUUAAACGCAGAUACAAUAGCCAUUUGUUAAAUGUCUGAUUUGGUAUUUUUGUUAUAUUCCGUUUAAAUCAAUGCAAACCAAUGCAACAAAUUUAUAUUGCUGCCAUAGUUUAAUGCUUAUGGUGAAAAUAUCAAAGUACAAGCACAAAUAAAAGUACAAGCGAAACACAAUAAAUAAUAUCAAUCAUAUAAGGAUGCGUUAAGAGAAAGAAAGAAAGAAAGGAAAGAAAAGAAAGAAAGAAAGAAAGAAAGAACAAGAAAAAAAAUAACUCCUUAUGUCAAACAGAUUACCAUAUGUACAAUGUACCAAAUUGAUAUCAUCCCAACUCAGGUUUAUACCUACAUACAUACACAUAUAUAUAUAUAUAUAAUACAUAUUUUUAAGAAUCAUGAUAACAAUAUACCAUACUACACAAUAUUAUUAAUAUACUGCCAAUCUUUAUAACGAUACAAAAGGACUGUGCGUAAGUGCGUGCGUGUACGUGUAUGUUUGCGUGCGUGUACGUGUAUGUUUGCGUGCGUGUACGUGUGUGUGUGUGUAUGUGUGUGUGUGUGUUUGAAUGUAAGUAAGUCGACAUUUUGAAAUGUCUUCGUUAAAUAAUUUUAAUAUCAAAUCAUUAAUCAUUCGCAAAAUUAUUUGACCGACUGCUUGUUUUGCCACGCCAAUUUACUAUUUACUUACAUAUAUUACAAUUAAUUUAGAAAUAAUUUCAUUAUAUUAUCUAUAAUUUUAAUUAGAUAAAUUCGAAAAAUUAGCGAAUUUCGUGCUUUCUGCUUUUUAGUCAUAUGCAGAUCAUAUAAUUUUAAUUAAUAUUUUAUAUUAUAUCAAUCAUUAUAUACGCGUGAUGAUAAAGAAAUAUCCAAUUAUGGUAAUUUUAAUAAUUACAUCGAAAAAUAAUGUAACUCAUGUAAACUGGAUUGUAUACGAAUAUCAUAUUUUACUCAAGUAUACGUGUAGUAUAUAUAUAUAUAUAUAUAUAUAUAUAUAUAUAUAUAUAUAUAUAUGAGAAUUAGCUUCCAUAACUGUUUUAUCUAAACGCGUCAGUAUUUAAGUAAAAUGUUAAUAGAAUUCGAAAUGAAUUCUUUGAAAUAUUUUUGUUACAUGCAACGCCACGACUACCCUAAUCAUGUCUUUAGUUAAAUAGUAAAAUAUUAAGCAUGUCCUUUUAUGCCUCGUGUAUGUCCCUUGUAAGUUAUUACAUGAUUAUUUUUGAAAUAAAAGAAUUGAUA